AUUAAGACAAAGCCCAUUGCGAGCCACCGUAUUAAUCUCCAUACCGAACAGAGCCUAUGCGAUUGGUUUAAGACUGAAUAUCGUCCGGCAUUAGAGGAAACUGGUAUAUGCUAUGGGGACCGGAUAUAUAAUAUGGACGAGAAAGGAGCACGAAUUUGUAUGCCUGCAGGAGAGGAGGUUAUUAUACCAAUUGGAAUCAAAGAGAUAUAUACGGGAAUACCAGAGAAUCGCAUGUCUCUUAUAAUAAUUGAGUGUAUAUCUACAAAUGGCAAGGCAAUUCCUCCGGUAGUAAUUAUACCUGGAGUCAUGAUUAUGGUUUCCUGGUUCCACGAAAAUAUAACCGGCCACGAGGUUAUUACAGUCUCUCCCACAGGAUAUACAAACGAGGGGAUCUAUAUGGUUUGGCUAGACCAUUUUAUUAAGCAUAACGAUUGCGGGCCUAAUAAGGAGUAGCAUAUUCUCUUAAUUAACGGAGCAACUUGCCACCAAGCGGACGAUUUUGUCUUAAAAGCUA